AUGGAGCAAAAACAAGCAACUCAAACUAAUCCAAGGACAUUGAGCUCAUAUGCUACACCUACUCUAGAUGGCACUACAUCAAGCAUUAGGAGGCCCAAUGUGCAAGCAAACAACUUCAAGAUCAAGCCUGCAAUUAUUCAGAUGAUCCAGAUGAGUGUACAAUUUUCUGGCCCUAAUGAUGAUCCUAACUCUCAUAUUGCUAAUUUUCUUGAAAUAUGUGAUAGUUUUAGGCAUAAUGAAGUUAGUGAGGAUGUAGUUCGACUUAGGUUGUUUCCCUUUUCCUUGAAAGAUAGAGCAAAAGAAUGGCUUAAUUCUCUUCCAGCAGGUUCUAUUACUACAUGGAAUGAUUUAGCACAAAAGUUUUUGUCUAAAUAUUUUCCACCUUCUAAAAUGGCUAAAUUAAGGAAUGACAUAACAACUUUUUCACAAUUUGGUAAUGAAUCCUUAUAUGAGUCGUGGGAGAGAUUUAAAGAAAUGCUUAGGAAAUGUCCUCACCAUGGUUUACCUAUUUGGAUGCAAGUGCAAACUUUUUAUAGUGGCAUUAAUCAAUCUUCUCGUUCGAUGUUAGAUGCAACUGCAGGUGGUACCCUUAUGAGGAAAGCUCCCGAGGAAGCAUAUGAACUUUUGGAGGAGAUGGCAACCAACAGUUAUCAAUGGGACAAUGAGAGAACAAAUAAAAAGGGAGUUGGAAUUUAUAAUGUUGAUUCUAUCACUGCUUUAUCUAUUCAAAUUGCUAAAUUAAAUAAGAAUUUAGGUAAUUUGGGGGUUUCAGCUAUGAAUGCUUCUUCUUCUUCUUCUUCUUCCCAUUUUCUUCCUUGUGAGCUUUGUGGGAGAGGGGGACAUGCUAGUGUAGAUUGUCAAGUAGGAAAUCCUUUUUCUUCUGGUUCUUCUGAACAAGCUAGUUUUAUUUCUUAUCGUGGCAACAGGUCAAAUUUUAAUCCCUACUCCAACACUUACAAUCCAGGAUGGAGGAGCCAUCCUAAUCUUUCUUGGAGUAAUAAUCAACAAAGAGUGCCCCCUAGCUUUCAACAACAACAACAUCAAAUUCCACAGGAGAAGAAGCCAAAUUUGGAAGAUAUGAUGGCAAAAUUUAUCGAUAGUACAGAAGCAAGAAUGCAAAGCUUGGAAACUCAAAUUGGACAACUUGCCCAAGCAAUUUCAGAAAGACCACAAGGAGGCUUGCCUAGCAAUACUGAGAAGAAUCCAAGGGAGCAUGUAAAAGCCAUCACUUUGCGAAGUGGAAAAGAACUUGAAAGUAAAGAAAAAGAUGAAGAGCGUACAAAAGAGGAAGAAAACCAAGAGCUUGAAGCCAAAGAAGAGGAUCGUGAUUUAUCAACGAAGAAAAAAGGGAGUUCUUCUUUACUUAAUUUAAAAUCUUACAAACCUCCUCUUCAUUUUCCUAAAAGAUUUUUGAAGGCUAACUUGGAUAAACAAUUUGCUAAAUUUUUAGAGGUGUUUAAAAAGUUGCAUAUUAACAUCCCUCUCCUUGAUGCUAUAUCACAGAUGCCAAGUUAUGCCAAAUUUUUGAAAGACAUAAUUGCAAACAAAAGAAAGUUGGAGGAAUUUGAGAUGGUGAAACUUAAUGAAGAAUAUGAACAACACAAGGAGGCUGUGGGCUAUUUGGGAGAAAAGCAAAAAUUCAAUCCAUCCAAAAGACACAAAUUGCUACCUUUGGAUGUUUCCUCUUCCUCUUCUUCAAAAGCCAGACCAUCAAUUGAGAAGCCUCCUAUUCUUGAACUUAAACCUUUUCCUUCUCAUUUAAAAUAUGUGUAUCUGGGGGAUUCAUCUAACUUACCUGUGAUUAUUUCUUCUUCUUUGAUAGCUCUUGAGGAAGAAAAGUUGAUGAGGGUGCUUAUGGAGCACAAAAAGGCAUUUGGAUGGAGCAUUGCUGAUAUUCAUGGAAUAAGUCCAUCAAUUUGCAUGCACAAAAUCUUGAUGGAAGAAGGAUUCAAGCCUAUGGUGCAAUCCCAAAGAAGGUUAAAUCCUAAUAUGCAAGAGGUAGUAAAGAAAGAGGUGAUAAAAUGGCUUGAUUCAGACCAAGAGAAAACUACUUUUACAUGCCCAUAUGGAACAUUUGCAUUUAGGAGAAUGCCAUUUGGUUUGUGUAAUGCUCCUGUAACAUUUCAAAGGUGCAUGAUCUCUUUCUUUUCAGACUUCAUUGAUGAUUUUAUGGAAAUUUUUAUGGAUGAUUUCUCUAUUUUUGGAUCUUCAUUUGAUGCAUGCUUACAUAAUUUGUCUUUGGUGCUCAAAAGAUGUGAGGAAUCUAACCUUGUUCUUAAUUGGGAAAAGUGUCACUUUAUGGUUAGAGAAGGGAUUGUUUUGGGUUUUUACAGGAGAUUUAUUAAGGACUUCUCUAAAAUUGCCAAGCCUUUAACUAAUCUUCUAGUAAAAGAUGUGCCUUUUCAAAUCAUUGAUGAUUGUAUACAUGCAUUUAAUUGUUUGAAAGAGAAAUUGAUCCAAGCUCCUAUUGUUUCAGCCCCCAUGUGGAAUUUGCCUUUUGAGAUCAUGUGUGAUGCAAGUGAUGAUACUCUAGGUGUAGUUUUAGGACAAAGAAUAGACAAGAAAUUUCAUACCAUUUAUUACGCAAGUAGAACUAUGAAUGAUGCACAGAAAAAUUAUUCAACAACUGAAAAGGAACUACUUGCUGUAAUGUUUGCUAUUGAAAAAUUUAGACCUUAUUUGAUAUUAUCUAAAGUAAUUGUCUAUACUAACCAUUCUGCAUUAAAGUAUUUACUUGCUAAAAAAGAUGCUAUACCUAGGUUGUUAAGAUGGAUUUUAUUGCUGCAAGAAUUUAACCUAGAAAUUAAGGAUAAAAAAGGCAUUGAAAACUUGGUGGCUGAUCACUUGUCAAGAUUAGAUGGGGAGCAUAUGGAAAGCAUGGCUAAACAAUCUUUGCAUGAUGAAUUCCGUGACGAAAAAUUAUACUUUGUACGAGAUAAUGAUGAACCUUGGUAUGCUGAUUUUGCUAAUUUUCUUGUAGGUAAUGAGUUACCCCUUGACAUGUCAUUUCAUCAAAAGAAAAAGGUUUUAUCUGAUAUUUUUUAUGUUUGGGGCAUUGAUUUCAUGGGUCCUUUUCCCAAAUCUUUCGAUAAUGAGUAUAUACUUGUUGCCGUUGAUUAUGUGAGUAAAUGGGUGGAAGCUAGUGCAUGUCCCACUAAUGAUGCAAGGGUUGUCAUAAAAUUUUUUAAGAAAAAUAUUUUCACUAGAUUUGGUACUCCUAGAGCUAUCAUUAGUGAUGGAGGUACACAUUUUUGCAAUAAACAAUUUGAAAAUUUAUUGGCUAAAUAUGGUGUUACUGAUAAGAUGGCUACCCCCUAUCAUCCUCAAACUAGUGGACAAGUGGAAAUUUAAAAUAGGGAAUUGAAAAAUAUUCUAGAAAAGACUAUGAGCUUGUCUAGAAAGGAUUGGUCUUUAAAAUUAGAUGAUGCACUUUGGGCUUACAAGACAGCUUUCAAAACACCUAUUGGAAUGUCUCCUUAUCGACUAGUUUUUGGUAAGACUUGUCACCUUCCUGUUGAAUUAGAGCAUAAAGCAUAUUUGGCUAUCAAAUUGCUUAACUUUGAUUUGCAUGCCGCAAGUGCACAACGAAAGAUGACAUUAAAUGAGCUUGAAGAAUGGCGGCAUGAAGCUUAUGAAAAUUCUAGGCUUUAUAAAGAAAGAACCAAGGCAUGGCAUGAUGCUCACAUUAAAAAGAAGGAGUUCAAAGUUGGAGAGAAGGUUCUUCUCUAUAAUUCUAGAUUGAAGCUUUUUCCAGGCAAGCUAAGGUCAAGAUGGAGUGGUCCAUACACAGUAACUCAAGUUUUCCCUUAUGGUGCAAUUGAAGUCUCUCAUGAAACUAAGGGAACUUUCAAAGUUAAUGGGCAACGAUUGAAGUCUUAUGUCGAUGGUGGACAUAUAUCUUUCUCCAAAUCCACCAUUCACUUGAAGGAUCCUUGA